GUCGCCGUCUCCCACUCUCUCGCUACUGCCACCGCGGCGCCCCGCGCGUCCAGUGUUCCCAUCCCUGCGGAGUUGGGAGACAACGCUCUCGAAAUCGAUUCUCUGCUCGCAUCCUGCCCUCAUCCAACAUUCCAACACAAGGCACGCACACAUACAUGACAGUAACUUGGCAGCUGCAAAUGCGGGCAGUAUGCACAGCACGUAGUCACGUAUAGAAGAACGGUACAGUACGACACAACCAAGCAGAUACCAGCUGGCCAGCUCGAGCCUUCUCGUUGGUGGUCAACCCAAAUGUAGUAAGCUUUUGUAUCUCUUUUCCAAGGCUCGCCUGGCCUGGGGCAGGAGAACCCGAGCUUCUCCGCCAUGGGGAUCUCCGCCGCCGCCGCCGCCGCCCCCUUCCUUCUCCUCGUCGCCCUGCUGCUGCUGCUGCCGUCCCCCGCCGCGGCCUUCUCCUUCACCUACAACUUCACCUCGGCGGACACGGCGCCGUCGGGCAUCGCGUUCCAGGGCGACGCCUUCUUCAACAAGUUCAUCCGCCUUACCCGCGACGAGCGCAUCGGCCCCAUCACCAGCAGCGCCGGGAGGGCCUUCUUCUCGCGCCCCGUCCCGCUCUGCGACCCCGUCUCCCGCCGCCGCGCCUCCUUCUCCACCGCCUUCUCCUUCUCCAUCGCCGCCCCCGACCCCUCCGCCGCCUCCGGCGAUGGCCUCGCCUUCUUCCUCUCCCCCUUCCCCUCCGUCCUCCCCAACAGCUCCGCCGGCGGCCUCCUCGGCCUCUUCAACUCCUUCUCACGCGGGGGCGCAGCGGCGGCGCACCCGCGCCCGCUCGUCGCCGUCGAAUUCGACACCUACAAGAACGAGUGGGACCCCAGCGACGACCACGUCGGCGUUGACCUCGGCGGGAUUGUCUCCGCCGCCACCGUCGACUGGCCCACCAGCAUGAAGGACGGCCGGAGGGCGCACGCGCGCGUCGCGUACGACGGCCAGGCCAAGAACCUCACCGUCGCGCUCUCCUACGGCGACGCGGCGGCGGCGGCGGCCCUGACGGACCCCGUGCUCUGGUACGCCGUCGAUCUGAUGGAGUACCUCCCCGACGCCGUCGCCGUCGGCUUCUCCGCCGCCACGGGCGAGGCCGCCGAGCUGCACCAGGUGCUGUACUGGGAGUUCACCUCCAGCAUCGACACCAAGGAGGAGACGGUAAUCCUGUGGGUUGUGUUGGGGCUCUGCGGUUUGCUUCUCGUGCUCGUCGCCGCUGGCGUGCUCUGGUUCGUGUCGCAAUGGAGGAAAGCCGGAGAGCUCGCCGAUGGCGACAUCGACGAGGAGAUGGGGUACGACGAGCUCGCCGACGAGGAGUUCUUCGUGGAGAGCGGGCCGAGGCGGUUCCGGUACAGCGACCUUGCGGCGGCGACCAAGAAUUUCUCCGACGAGAGGAAGCUCGGGCAGGGCGGCUUCGGCGCCGUGUACAGGGGCUUCUUGAAGGAGCUCGGUUUGGCGGUGGCGAUCAAGAGGGUGUCCAAGGGCUCGACGCAGGGGCGCAAGGAGUACGCGGCGGAGGUGCGCAUCAUCAGCCAGCUGCGCCACCGCCACCUCGUCCGCCUCGUCGGCUGGUGCCACGAGCACCGCGGCGACUUCCUGCUGGUGUACGAGCUCAUGCCCAACGGCAGCGUCGACCGCCACCUCUACGGCGGCGGCGGCGGCAGCAAGAAGGCCGGCGGCGCGGCGCCGCCCCUCUCCUGGCCGACGCGGUACAACGUCGCGCUGGGCCUCGCGUCGGCGCUGCUCUACCUCCACGAGGAGUGCCCGCAGUGCGUGGUGCACCGCGACAUCAAGCCGAGCAACGUCAUGCUCGACGCCACCUUCAGCGCCAAGCUCGGCGACUUCGGCCUCGCCAAGCUCGUCGAGCACGGCAGCCAGCCGCACACCACCGUGCUGGCCGGCACGCUGGGCUACCUGGCGCCGGAGUGCGUCAUCACGGGCAGGGCCAGCCGGGAGUCGGACGUGUACAGCUUCGGCGUCGUGGCGCUGGAGAUCGCGUGCGGCCGCCGCCCCGCGGAGCUCGACGAGGAGGACCCGAGCAAGGCGAGGCUGGUGCCGUGGGUGUGGGAGCUCUACGGCAAGAGAGCCAUCCUCGAAGCCGCGGACCAGAGGCUCAAUGGCAAGUUCGACCUCGAGCAGAUGGAGCGGCUCAUGGUGGUAGGAUUGUGGUGCGCGCACCCCGACCACGCGCACCGGCCGAGCAUCAGGCAGGCGCUGAACGUGCUCAAGUUCGAGGCGCCGCUGCCGUCGCUGCCGCCCAAGAUGCCGGUGCCGUCGUACUUCCCGCCGCCGGACUUGGUCGCUCCGGUGUCCGUCGAAGGCACGUCGAGCACCGAUGGCCCAGGCGUCAGUGAGUGUGGAUCGUCUGGGUCCAAUGCCGGAGGAGGAUCGGGGAUCAAUGAUAGGCUUCUCGAUCCAUGAGCAAGAUUUUUUUGGGGCUCAAUUCAUCAACUGUAGCUAUGCCAAAAGGUUUUCUCUUUUUUUUUUCCCUUUUUGUGUCUGAUUUUUCAGGCUUAGCUUCACGGCAUACAGAAGUGGCAGAUUGUAUGGUGUAGUUUUUGACACUUUGACAUGUGCAUGAUCAAAAUGUACUCCCAUCCCACGAUAUAGCGAUGGGACGUAUCCUAAUAAUAUAAAUUUAAACAUAAAUUUAAACAGUACAAUAUGUUUUAUCCUAAAUAUUAGGUUGCUAUAUUGUGAGAUGGGAGAAGUAAAAAAAUCGUUGAUUCAAAGUUGGGGAUAGCGAGAAAUGCAUUGUGCUCUUGUGCUAAGUCAUCUGGAGCUCUGAUACGCAAUUAUGCGCUGCGAGAAUAGUCAGCGGCUGCAGCCCUUACAAGUUACAACCUUAUCACGCAACAAAAACGAGCGGUUGUUUCUUAUUCCAUCGGACUGCAGUUACAAAGGCCGUAAGUUGUUUUGGUAAAAAGAAUUUGAUCCAUACGGACAUAUAUUUGAAGUAUUAAAUAUAGACUAAUAACAAAACAAAUUAUAGAUUCCGCAUGUAAACUGCGAGACGAAUAUAUUAAACCUAAUUAAUCUGUCAUUAGCAAAUGUUUACUGUAGCACCACAUUGUCAAAUCAUAACGUAAUUAGGCUCAAAAGAUUCAUCUCGCAAUUUACAUGCAAAAUGUGCAAUUGAUUUUUUUUUUCAUUCACAUUUAAUGUUCUAUACAUAUGUUUAAACAUUUGAUGUGACGGAAAAGUUGAAAAUUUAAAAGGAACUGGACACAGCCAAAGUGUCCGUGAGCCAUUUUGCCAAAUCAUCACUUUUGUUGCCCCCAAACAGUGUAGGAAGCCAACUGAGCUUUAUGCAGCGCAGGAACCAUACUUACUUUAAAGUUCCACCUGUAAAUACUCAAAAUUAAUCUCAAAAUAUAACUUCACCGACUUCCUCAUCUCAACCCUCACCACCAACAUCCCCCCUUCCCCCUAAAAUAAACUGUACAAGGAUGACUAGGGACUUGAAAGAACAAAAGAAUGCACACGUCUUGGCCUACAUACACACAUCAGUGAUGAGCUAUGCCACACAUUCAUUAGAACUUUUGAGCAAAUUUCAUUCCCCAUAAACUAUCAUGUUUGAUCAACUGAAAAAAAUUGUCGAAGACAAGUUCAGCUUAAUCUUUUACAUGGUUUAUGAUGUACAACCAUACGGCUGAAAUGCGAAGCUCAAGAUGAGUUAAGAUUGCUGGUGAAAACUAUGUACAAAUAUGGCGUUAGCUAAUGACGUUCUCCUUUGUAUCUUCAUGAUCAAAAGACACCACUGCAGCUCAUCGAAAAAUUACCUGAUGAGUUGCCACUUGCACGGAGAAAAAA